UCCUUUUUCUGGCAGAGACAGAGAAGAAGAAGAAGAAGAAGAAGAAGAAGAAGAAGAAGAAGAAAAUGGCAUUAACAGGUGUGAAGAUGUGCGAGGAUGUAUGGUUAACAUGUCUAACUCAUGCAUUGUCUACAGAAACAGAAGAGAUCAUGGGUCUUCUUCUUGGAGAUAUUCAUUACUCAAAGAAUGGGAGUGCCACUGCAUUGAUUUGGGGAGCAGCCCCCCAGACAAGGUCUGAUCGUCGCAAGGAUCGAGUGGAGACAAAUCCGGAGCAGUUGGCAGCAGCAUCAGCUCAAGCUGAAAGAAUGACAUUGACGACCGGAAGGACUACAAGAGUAAUUGGUUGGUACCAUUCUCACCCGCAUAUCACAGUUCUACCAUCUCAUGUUGAUGUUCGAACGCAGGGUAUGUAUCAAAUGCUAGAUACUGGGUUCAUUGGACUGAUUUUCUCUUGUUUCAAUGAGGAUGCACAAAAGACUGGAAGAAUCCAGGUUAUCGCGUUCCAAUCUUUAGAUGGGAAGCAGAAAUAUAUGGCAGCACCAGUUUCUGUAGUCCCUGUCAAUAGCACUCCAGUAAUAGAAGUUGAAUCAUCUUUGAGUACUUCAGAAAAUGUGUUACCAAGAUCUGCCUCUGGAAGGCCAGAAAUAUCUGAGCGCGACACAGCAAGUUCAGGAACAACUAAGGCUUCGGGUAAAGCUUCAAACUUGGAGGGAUUUUUCGCUCAUGCGGAUCAUCCAGGAAGAAAUAAAAUGGGAGGAGGAAGCCAUCAGAUGGACGAAUUACAAGAUGCCAUCGUUGAUUUAGAUCCUAUGGAUAUUAAUGAAAGUAUGCAAGAGGCACUGCACCGUUCAACUAUGGAAUUGAGUGGCGCAGAGUAUGUUAGGAAGGAGGUUCCUCUAUUAGUUCUACCCACAUCAGCAUUGUUAAAGCUCGAAUCACCCUUGACAUCAUUUACUGACUUGCAACGCGUACUAUAUGAAGAAGAGAAAGCAGCAUAUAAGCAAGCCGUUUUACAGAAUAUGCAGGACGGGAAAGUACACCCACUUGCGUUCAUCCAUCAUACCUCAACAUAUCAAACCUCCAUGUGCAAGUUGAUGGAAUAUUGUUUAAGCCCUUCGAUAAGUGCACUUCAGGACCGUUUACGAGAAAAUGAGAUUCGGUUGAAGAUGCUAACAGAGGAAGCCAAGGCCUUGGAGAUUGAAUCUACCAGAGGCAGUGAUUCAAGUAUGAUGAGUUCUCCACGUGGUUCUCCUAGCCAUGGUCUCCGAGGCAAUGCAGCUGUGGGGCAGAGAGACUUAUAUCCUCCAGUAGAGUCAGUUGGUGUUAGAAGUCCUUCUGGUAUUGGUAGCCGGAGCAGAAGAUCUUAAUUGUAUAGCUUCAUCGCUGCAUCCUGCAUCACUCUCUGUGUAAGUACCGUAGUUGCCAGUCAUUAUAAGCCUCAUUUCCUCUUUUUUUUGUCUUUGGUUGUAUUUUGCAGAUGCUUCCAAAACUGUAUGACUACAAUGACCACUGUAAAUUAUGUGAAAAUUACUUAUUGCCUUAUUGAAGUAGAAUUUAUCUUGAGAACUA